UGCAACAAUGGCGACCAAAGCUUCGAGGCUUCGACCUUCAAUUUCAUUCCUUCUCAUUUUUCUUCUUCCUGUGGGGAAAAGGCAAAUGAGAACAGAGACUCGAAGAGUUUGAGCAGAAGCUUCAACCAUGGUGGCACCACUGAAACCGUCGCCGAUGGAAUCGUGGGACUCAACCCUUCCGGGACCUCCGAGCCGCAACAACUUCGGAUCCGCUGAUCUCAGCCCCACCGGACUCUUGGCCUUCGCCUCCGGAUCCUCCGUCUCCGUCGUUGACUCUCGCUCCCUCCAGCUCGUCUCCACCGUCCCUCUCCCUCCUCCGCCGUCGGCUCUCUCUCCGUUCGUCACCUCCCUCCGGUGGAUCCCUCUACCCCUCCGCCGCGAUCUCCUCUCCACCGAGCCCUCCGCCUCCCACCUCCUCCUUGCCGCCGGAGACCGCCACGGCCGCGUCGCUCUCGUCGAUUUCCACCUCCGCUCCGUCGUCCUCUGGCUGAAUCCAUCGUCGGACCCCAAGUAUGGCGUCCAGGAUCUCUGCUGGGCUCAGGCGAAGCAGGACUCUUAUGUUCUCGCCGCGAUAUCUGGGUCGGCGCUUCUCUCUCUCUACACGACCACCGCCUCCGACGCCGGAGUUUUCUGGAAGUACGACGCCGCGGCCGAGUUCCUCUCGUGCCUCCGCCGUGAUCCAUACGACUCCCGCCAUUUCUGCGUACUGGGCCUCAAGGGUUUCCUCUUGUCGGUCAAGGUGCUCGGGGACACCGAGAACGACGUCGUUCUGAAGGAGAUGCAGAUCAAGACGGACAUUGGCGAGUUGCUGAAGCUGGAGAGAGAGGCGGCUAACAAUGGCAAUUCAUCGUCUUCUUCUCCUGCUUCCGCGGCGUUCCCAAUGUACCACGCGAGAUUUGCCUUCUCGCCUCACUGGAAGAACAUUCUGUUCGUGACGUUUCCCAGAGAGCUCGUCGUGUUUGAUUUACAAUACGAAGCUGCGCUCUCUACCGCGCCAUUACCGCGUGGGUGCGCCAAGUUUCUAGAUGUCUUACCGAAUCCGAACCAGGAGUUGCUUUACUGUGCUCAUGUUGAUGGCAGACUCAGUAUUUGGCGACGAAAAGAAGGAGAACAGGUGCAUGUCAUGUGUACAGUGGAAGAGUUGAUGCCAUCUAUUGGAAUGUCCAUUCCUUCUCCAUCAAUGCUUGCUGUCCUCCUCAGCCUAUCGGAUUCCACCAUGCAAACAGUUACGAAGCUUCAUCCUGAUUCAACUCCAUCUGUGGAUUUUGAUAACCCAUUCGACUUUUAUGAUGAAAGUCUUCUUGUUUCUAAGACGAGUUUUAUCUCCUUAUCUGAUGAUGGUAAAAUAUGGAGGUGGAUCUUAACUGCUGAAGGGGUUGAAGAUGUUCAGAAAAAUGUGUCAGACUUGGUUACUGUUACUAUUGUCACUGAAGCAGCACCUCCUGGAGAAAGUCAGAAAAAAGUUUCUACAGAUGAUGGGCUUGCAUUUACGCCUACAAAUAGAAGUAAAGGCCAUGCGUCGAAUUCCUCAAGCAAACCAGACAUAUCAUUUAAGAUCCGCUUAGUUGGACAACUUCAGCUUCUUUCUUCCACUGUGUCUACACUUGCUGUACCAUCCCCGUCGCUUACUGCAACCUUAGCACGUGGUGGUAAUAUUCCUGCGGCAGCUGUUCCUUUGGUCGCUUUGGGAACUCAAAGUGGGACAAUUGAUGUUGUUGAUGUAUCUGCAAAUGCUGUUGCUGUAAGCUCAUCUGUUCACAAUGGCGUGAUUAGGGGUCUACGGUGGCUUGGAAAUUCGAGAUUAGUUUCUUUUUCCUACAGUCAGGUUAAUGACAAAAGCGGAGGAUACAUUAAUAAGCUUGUCAUUACAUGCCUUAGGAGUGGGCUGAAUAGAAUAUUCCGGGAUUUACAGAAACCAGAGCGUACUCCCAUAAGAGCUCUCAGGACUUCGUCUUCUGGGAGGUAUCUUGUAAUUUUAUUUCGUGAUGCUCCAGUAGAAGUCUGGGCAAUGACCAAGCAUCCAGUCAUGCUUAGAUCAUUAGCUCUUCCGUUCUCGGUAGUGGAAUGGACACUUCCAGCAGUUCCACGUCCAGGUCAAAGUGGUCCUUCUAGGCAAUUGCUGUCACCAUCUAAAGAGCAAACAACAUCUGAGGGAGCAGCUGCCCCGACAACAGUGUCUGCAUCAGACUCUAAGUCUGUUGGCUCAGAUGGAUCACAAGAGGAAGCCGCUGAGAGUUUUGCAUUUGCACUGGUGAAUGGUGCCCUUGGAGUAUUUGAGGUCCAAGGACGUAGGAUUCGAGAUUUCAGGCCAAAAUGGCCAUCUACUUCAUUUGUUCCUACGGAUGGAUUGGUUACAGCGAUGGCCUAUCGCUUACCUCAUGUGGUUAUGGGAGAUAGAUCAGGAAUCAUACGAUGGUGGGAUGUAACCACUGGACAGUCGUCGGCAUUUAAUACCCACAGAGAUGGAAUACGUCGAAUCAAAUUUUCCCCUGUUGUUGUGGGAGACCGCAGCCGAGGUCGUAUUGCUGUUCUAUUUAACGACAAUACGUUCUCCGUAUUUGAUCUCGAUUCACCAGACCCGUUGGCCAAUUCUCUUCUACAGCCUCAGGUUCCGGGCACCCUUGUACUGGAAUUGGAUUGGUUGCCAGUGAGAACUGAAAAAACUGAUCCACUUGUUUUAUGCAUUGCUGGAGCUGAUAGCAGCUUCCGCCUUAUUGAGGUUGAUGUAAGCGAAAAGAAGGCUGGCUUCGUGCCUCGUCCCAGAACUGUAAAAGAGAGAUUUCGUCCAAUGCCCAUGUACUCACCCAUUCUGCUUCCUGUACCACAUGCACUGGCACUGCGGAUGAUCUUGCAGUUGGGGGUAAAACCAUCUUGGUUUAAUACUAGUAGCAUCGCUUUGGAGAAAAGGCCUCAUUUAAUUGGUGGAAUGGCGUCAUCUUCUAAAGAUCUUCGCAGUUACAUGAUUCAGUUACCGCCUAUAGGAGACCCUGUGGUGCCAGAGAUGCUGCUGAAGAUAUUAGAACCUUAUCGUAAAGAAGGUUGCUUGCUUGAUGAUGAGAGAGCAAAAAUAUAUGCUGCUGUUGUUGGAAAAGGUUGUGCAGCAAGAUUUGCUUUUGCUGCUGCAAUUUUUGGCGAAACGGCAGAGGCACUUUUCUGGUUGCAGUUGCCUCAGGCCAUUAGCCAUCUGAUGAACAAGCUGGCGAGAAAGUCAACACAGAAAAUCUCUCCUCCUGCUUUAGAUUCAGCGAUUGACGAGACAUCUAUUCUGAGUAGAAUCUCAUCUAGUGGAAGAUCGACAUCCGAAGCCAAGAAGACAGAUUCACUGGGUGAUGGACAGCUUAGAUUAAUGGCUUUUGAGCAAGAAGAGUUAUGGUCCCGUGCCAAUGAACGUCUUCCGUGGCAUGAAAAAUUGGAGGGAGAAGAUGCCAUUCAGAAUCAAGUACAUGAGCUGAUUUCCGUCGGAAAUUUGGAAGCUGCUGUUACUUUGUUGCUUUCUUCUUCCCCUGAAUCUCCAUACUUCUACCCGAAUGCACUUCGGGCCGUUGCACUUGCUUCAGCUGUAUCUACAUCUCUUCUCGAGCUUGCACUGAAGGUCAUUGCAGCCAACAUGGUGAGGUCGGACAAUUCACUCUCUGGUAUUCACCUUCUCUGCGCUGUCGGGAGAUACCAAGAAGCUUGUUCGCAGCUCCAAGAUUCUGGACGGUGGACAGACGCCGCUACCUUGGCUGCCACACAUUUACAAGGAUCGGAUUAUGCUAGGGUAUUGCAAAGGUGGGCCGAGCAUGUUCUUCACGCCGAACACAACAUCUGGAGGGCACUUAUCUUAUAUGUGGCUGCUGGUUCACUGCAAGAGGCACUCUCGGCCCUAAGGGGAGCGCAACAACCCGACACAGCUGCAAUGUUCAUGCUCGCAUGUCGGGAAAUCCAUACGGAAAUCGUGAAAUCGGAUGAAGAAGAGACGGGAAAUCAUGGGUCGGAUUUGCCUGGUCUCGAACCCGAAAAGGAAGAAGUAGUUGCAGUGUGUGAGUACUUUCAGCAGUACCAGAGAAAGUUGGUGCAUCUUUGUAUGGACUCUUUGCCUUACACCGACUGAAUUUCAUAAGUCUCA